CAGUGCCGUUCAAUAGCCUGAGGAGUGAGGACGCUCCAUUCACUGCUUCCACUAUCAGCAAACAUUCUCCAGAACGGACGGUAGAGUGUGUGUAAUACCACUGUGGGAGUCAGUAUGAGGAGGUGUAGUGUGUUGUUCCUACUGCUGGUGGUGACGUCUGGCCCGGCAGCCGGCUACCAGGUGCUGGUGCUCACUCCAGUAGCCUCCUGCAGCAUCUAUAAUCUGUGUCGCUCACUCUCAGAGGCUCUGGGUGACGCUGGCCACUCUGUCCUCCUCUGAUGCAUCGUCCAGACACGAAAAUGUAACGGAAGUCCACACCGGCGCCGACUCGUUCGAGUUAAAUUUGUUUGUGUUGGGACCCAACAUUGCAUUGCUUCAAAAGAAAAUUCUGGAAAUUGCUGCAGAAACCGGCAGGAGGAUGUGGUCUAACGAGGCAAUACAACGACUCUGGCAAAAUAGGGACAGUUACCAGGCUAUAGUAAUUAUUGGCUAUAUCAAUGAGGUGGCUGUACCAUUUCUCCUGGAUUACAAAGGUGUGUACAUCAAUUUAUGCACUCCUGGGGUAGAACUCUUGCACAUGAAGCAGCAAGGCAACUGGCUGCCCAUGUCCGUCUUGCCAGGAAUAAAGACGACAUUCACCCAUGACAUGACCUUCAUGGAGAGAGUUCUUAACCCACUACUCACCCUGUGGCCUUACCUUAAUUACCAGUAUAAUGUGAUCCCUCGCUUCCAGGAGCUACUGCAGAAGUUCUUCCCCAAUUUGCCUCCACUUACCACACUCUACUGGAACAGCUCCCUGACCCUCAUCAACAGCCACUACGCCGUGGACGGACCUAUGCCACUGUUGCCCACACAGGUGGAGGUGGGCACCAUCAAUGCCAAGAAGGCCAACCCACUUCCUCAGGAUCUGGAGGAGUUCAUGGAGGGAGCUGGGGAGGCUGGGGUCAUCGUGUUCAGCCUUGGUAGUGUGGUGAAGAGUGGUGAGAUCCCACACAGUUACAAGAUGAUACUGGUGGAGGCGUUCAGACGGCUGCCUCAGCGGGUCUUGUGGAGGUACGAGGAUGAUGACCUGGACCUCCCCGCCAACGUCCUCACCAUGAAGUGGCUUCCCCAGCAGGAUGUACUAGGUCACAGGAGGACGCGAGUGUUCAUCUCUCACUGUGGUACCUUUGGCACUCAGGAGGCACUCUACCACGGCGUGCCAGUCCUCGCCCUCCCCAUCGCCCAUGACCAGCCCCGUAAUGCCCAACGUUUUGCCAAGAAAGGAUACGCUUACCUCCUCAACUGGAAGGACCUGAGUGUCAACGCCAUCCUGAACGGAGUCAAGACACUCAUCAAGGACCCGACGUACCGCGAGAGAGUGAAGGACGUCUCAAGGAUGCUGCAGGACCAGAAGGAGAGCGCGGGGGAGAGGGCCGUGUGGUGGGUGGAGCACGCCAUACGUCAUCAAGGAUCCCCCCUCCUGGUGUACGCCGGCAAGAGACUCAACUUCUUCCAGUACAUAAUGUUGGACGUAUUCGUCUUCUGGCUGGUGGUGCUGUCGGCGUGGGCCUUCCUCUCCUGCUACUGCGUCAGGAGGCUGUCUGGCUUGUGUUGUAGUAGGAAGGAUAAGAUAGAGUGAUGGUAAAGGAUAAAGAAGAAUAAAAUAUAAAGAAUUUAACUGAUGAAGCAUGAACGAGAAGAAUGAAAUAGGUAAAAAUUGGUUCAUAAAAAUAUGUUUUUAAUCUAAAGUGGAAGGAGAGUGUACUGAAGGCAUGAUGAUGAUGAUAAUGAAGUAAAGUGGCAAAUGACUUUGCACUGGGAAAGGAGAGAGGAGAGAGAAGUAAAGCAUAGAAACGGGAAGAAAUGUGGGAGGGGUAGAUAGCAGGUGGGCUUGUAGUGGAUUUCUCCCCUACAAACACUGUUUGUCUCUGCAUAGCCGACCUCACGAAUUCCCCUGUGUAUGCCUCGUGGUCUAGGUCAACCAGCGCCGCCCACGGAGCGGGGGUCAACUACUAAGCCACGCCUACCCUCU